GGAAACGCUUGUCAUUUACCCUGUAGGUGAUGUACAGUGCGCUCGUGGCCAGACAAAACUUGGUUUACAUUCACCACGUCCACACACACUGACCGCGAGCGAAGCGGGAGAGGGAUUUUGUCGUGACAAGAAUGCAGAAGCAAAGUUUGCCGUGAAAACUGAUUUACUUUAACAGAGGAGCGCGUGACACCAUCUCGCAGCUUCAUUUUCUUCUUUUCAAAGGUGUAUACCUCCCACCCCGCCCCACCACGGCCCUCACCUGUGUGUUGCGGUGCUUCCCUUGUGAGCCGACCUGGGCCGGCAGCCCGUUCUUGCACCGCCCGCCGACCCGGCCCAUGGUCACCAUGACGCGCUCCAAAACCUUCCAGGCAUAUCUGCCCAACUGCCACCGCACCUACAGCUGCAUCCACUGCAGAGCACACCUGGCCAACCAUGACGAGCUCAUCUCCAAGUCCUUUCAAGGAAGUCAGGGCAGAGCAUAUCUGUUCAACUCUGUGGUGAAUGUGGGAUGUGGUCCCGCAGAGGAGAGGGUUUUGCUUACAGGGCUCCAUGCUGUGGCUGAUAUCUACUGCGAAAACUGCAAAACUACACUGGGCUGGAAAUAUGAACAUGCCUUUGAGAGCAGCCAGAAGUACAAGGAGGGCAAGUUCAUUAUCGAGCUCGCCCACAUGAUCAAGGACAAUGGCUGGGACUGAGCGAGCGUCCUGGAGAGAGCAAACCUAUGACGGGUGGAUGGUGAAUGUGUGGGUGAAUGACUGACUUUGGUUUGCCAUUACCCUCUUAAACCUUCUUUUACCCUCCAUCUCCUGCUGACACACACACACACACACACACACACACACCCCUUGCCUGACCAGAAACAGGAAAAGGGGACGCCCUAAGGGGCUUUGUGUGUCUGGAGGAGAGCGUGAGCAUGUGUGUGUGUGGAUGUGUGUGUCCGCCCGGCACAUGGGAGCACACUGAGAUACAUGAAUGCAUACACAAGGUGUACAGACAUACGUGUGUAAAAACAACAGUAUACCGCAUGUCAUGCUCAUCUCAGCCAGACUGUUUAUACUACAAGCGGCUCUAUUCAUAUGCGUACAUGACAUAAGGCAGGGCUCAGAGGGAAUGUGGUGCUUGGCAGGAUCAGGGUCACGAGUUCUCCGAGCUGAUGGGGCUUUCUCCACUUUAUGUCAGUGAGAAACUACCAGGCUGACCUCUGCCAAUUCAGCUGAGGUUAGCACCAUCUGCGCCCGUGAGGAGGCCUGGCAUGAAGAGAUCUCUGAAUGGAGCUCUGACAGACCAAUAGUGAUGGGUUGUUCUUGAAUGAUUUGUUCAUUUUGUAUGACUCGUGAACGAUGAGUCCUCUGAGGGAGUGAUUCGUUCAUUGUGCAGGUGGAGUAUAAGAUUAGUUCCUUCUUUGAGUCUUCUAUCGGGUUUGAGUCGUUUGUUCAUUAUGUGAAAGACAGAAGCCAGUCAUGCAUUUAGAACCGGAAAAAGAUUUGAUCUGUUCAUCUCUCGAGUCCUUGGUUUGAGUCGUUCGUUCAUCGAGUAAAAGACAGAAGCCAAACAUACUGUAUGCAUUUAGAGCAGGAAAAAGAUUAAUUUCUCGAGUCCUCGGUUUGAGUCGUUCUUUUAUCACGUAAAAGACAGAAGCAGUCAUGUGCAUUUAAAGCUGGAAAAAGAUUUGAUCUGUUUCUUGAAUCCUCAGUUUGAGUUGUUCUUUUAUCACAUGAAAAGCAGAAGCCAAUCUUAUCCAUUUAAAGCCAGAAAAAGAUUUGAUCCGUUUAUUUCUUGAGUUCUCAGUUUGGGUCAUUCAUUCAUCACGUGAAAGACAGAAGCCAAUCAUGUGCAUUCAGAGCUUUGAUCUGUUUUAAAAGAUUUGAUCGAAUUUUGUUUCUCGAAUCCUGGCUUCGAGUCAUUCGUUCAUCAAAUAAAAGACAGAAGCCAGUCAUAUGCGUUUAGAGAUGCAAAAAGAUUUGAUCCGUUUAUCUUUCGAGUCCUCGAGUUUAAAUCAUCGCACUUUACAUGAAGUCACGUGAUAAAUCAACGACUCAAAAUCCUGUAGACUCGAAAAGUGAACUAAUCACGGCUCCUUUCAGCUAAGACUGUGUGCUUUGGUUAAGCUUAUAUGGGUCCGUUAGGCUGCAUUUACACUGCGUGGUUCAAGUGACUGGAUUCCAAUUUUUUUUUCCUCCCACAUCUGAUGUGGCACAGAUCGGUUAUGGCCCAUGGAUGUUCAAGCAGGAAAAAAUCAGAUUGAUUCCGAUUUACUCAGGCCUUGUUCAUAUGUGGAAAUUUAUUUGUUAUGAAUCGGAUCUGUGCUGUCGUGUCUGCAGUGUAAACAGGCAGAUUGGAUUUUCACCUGCCAAUGCGAGUCGAACGUCGUUUAAAACCAUAUCGAAUGACGAACUCUGAAGCUUUAAUUUCAGAACAGACUUCAGCAGAGUCCUAAACCUUAAAUCUCGUACACGAGGACUAAAAAAGCUUUUAUAUUGUCAUGUAGCACAAGUGUUUAAGCAUGUUAAGGAGAUAGAGAGAAAGCGAGAGAGUAACAUCCGCUACGUAACCAAUAUAAACUUAUAAAACUUUGGCAUACGUCACAUGCAUAAAUCGUGCCAUGGACAUUACAUUAAGAUGCCUACUGGUUUAAAAAUGUCUUAUAGAUUAAUAGAAGAUGGCAAAUCGAGAAAUUUUCUGUCAUAAUCUAAAGUAAAACAACUAGUCAAAAAGAAUAAUAAAAAUAUAUGAACAGAUUAAAAAAAGGAAUGGAAAAUAAAGCGCUCUAUUAUUAUCAGCUGUCAGUCAGCGCCCGCUCUUUUUUUUUUUCCUCGUCAUUGCGCCUUUUCUGUGUGGUGUGUAAAUACAGGCAAUCGGAUACAAGCGACUUUUAAAAGAUGAUGCAAGGAAGUCAAUCGUAUACAGUCACAAAAUUGACCAUCAAGAUCUGCAGUGUAAAUGCAGCCUUCGUGUGACAUGAACGAACUACUCAAAAAUAAUCUGACAUAAUCAUAGACAGAAGACCAGGUAAACAAUAAAUGAUUAUUUUCUCAUUCUUAUAGCAUUCUAGUUAUGACUUGUUUGUAGUGUGAGCAACGUUUGGUGUAGUAGUAGAUGAGUUUGUAAGCAACUAUUUUGCCAAAUUGAAAGAAAUGACUCGAAAAAAGAUUCAUUCUUGAUGAACGAUCUCAAUGAACGAGACUCAAAGGUCCGAGUCAGUAAAAUGAUCUGAACUUCCCAUCACUACAGACCAACAUGAGAAGCCUAGAGGAGUAGUUCACUCAAAAAUGAAAAUUUUGUCCAUUUUUAUCAAUCUGGUGGUGUUAUUGUACUGGGUUCAACGCUAAGAAUUUUUUCUACUGGUCCGAUCGGGCCAAUGAUUCAGAUUUUUACUUGCCCCACCAAAAAAAAAAAAGAGAGUGAGAGAAGUUAGUAGCUAUUUUUAGUCACAUAUAUAAAAUAAUGUGUCAAAAUUAAUGUCAGUGAAUCUAGUGAAAUAUUUAAAAUAUCUUAAUAAACGUAUAAUGAGCAAAAUUCAAAGUGUUAUGCAAACAAAAAGAGCAGUUUGGAAAAUGUGCAGGUAUUUUAUCGCAGUUUGUAAUUAUUUAACAAAAGGUGGUUGACUUGCCAAACUGACGGCAAAUUGAGCAAAACAUCAGUUCAUUUUUUUUGUUGUGUUGUUACCAUGUAAAUGUCUGCUUCCAAAAUGUUAGAAACACAUUUUUUUGUUCACCUUUAUAAUUUGAUGUUGCCGUCACUUCACAGGACUGGUUACCAGGUUACGGGGAAAAAAUAGCAUGCUCAAAACAUUAAAUCAGUUUAGAGAAAACGAAAAGCAAUAUGGUGUUUACGACAUCACAGAAAAUGUACAUUAAAGACUUAAAAGAACAAACUUAAAAAGCAUGCAAUUGACAAAUAGUUGCAGGCAAAUGAAACUUUAGUGACAAGGCAGCAUUGGCCCGAUCAGGCCAGUAUUGAUCCUGUCUACUGUCCCAAGCGUCUCUCGCGCUGGCCUCGGGCCAUUGGCCAGUCCUUAUUGUUGAGCCCUGUUGUAGGACAGUUUUUCACACUAGUCCAUAUAAUGGUAAUAUUCCGCAACCAGUAUUAAGGUUUCAAAAAGAUGCAAAUGUAUUGCAGAAUGGUCACAUGUGACUUAAUAUAUUUCAAGGCCAUUCUGCUUAAAAUAUAAGCCAUGUGUGCCAAGAGGCUAUUCUUUAAUACUGCUACAUUCUUUUUUUAAACACAUAAUGCUGGCUGCUAUUCAAUGCCAUUUACAUGAACAUUUUUGUGUAGAAAAUAUAAAGGACAUACAGCAUUGUGACAAUGCCAACAUGAGUAAAUAAUGAGUGAAUUUGGGAUUUUGACUGAACUAUCACUUAAAAGGACUAGCUCACUCAAAAAGUGUCUAAAGGUGGUCACAUUUAAUGUUAUGAGGCAAAAUUUCACUGAUGAAGUCCGAGUAUUUUAGUAGGAAUCCUUGUGUUCAGACGGCAGAAUUUGUUAGUUGAAGUUUGUUUCAUAAAUUGACUUAAUGACAAACAGAAAGAAGAAGAGAGAGUUACAUUCACACUGUCAGUCCAAAACUGUGUUUGUCUGAUUGGAACCUAAUCUCAAUGAUUGACUGUUCAAGCUGUAUAUUGUACUUGGCCAGAUCAGAUUUGUGUCACUUUGCAGACUUUUGUUUUACAGAUUAUCUGCAUUUGUUUCUAAGCAAUUAUAGCUAAAAACAUGCAAACGGAGGGUUUUAAAAUACAGAUGUCUUACAACACAAAACAAUUGGAAAGUUGGUGUGCAUUAUUAUAUUCCAUGCUAAUGACUGUCCAUUGAAUUCAAAGAAGAGUGAGGACCAGGUAAUCUUUGCUUUGAGUAAAUAAUGUUGUCCCGGUGGUCUCAUUGGGAUUUUACUUGGACAAUAUGUAACUGAGAAUGAGAAUUACAAACUAGGGGGUUUCCAAGGUCAAAAAUCUGAGAUGAAAUCUGCCUGCCUUGUUUGGGUGGUUUAAAACGUAAACACAGGUUUUCAAGUAUCUCAGGGUUCAGAUGCGAGGAUAGAUUGUAGCAUCUCGAUAGGGAGAUCUGUGGGAUCGUUGCAGCAGUGCAACAUUUGUAGUAUCAGACCUUCAUGGUGAAAGGGAAUCUGAGCCUGAGGCCAAAGCCCCCAAACUUCCAUCCAAUUUGUGUUCCGACCCUCACCUAUGAUUAUGAGCUUUAUUUGCGGCCAAAAGAACAAGAUUGAAGAAAGUGGCUCAGUGGAUAGCACUCACAACACUCACCUCACAGCAAGAAGGUCCCUGGUUCGAAUCCUAACUGAGCCAGGAAGAUUUUUUAUGUGGAGUUUGCAUGUUCUCUCCAUGUUUGCAUGGGUUUCCUUCACCUGCUCCAGUUUCCCUGACAGGUGAUUUGGAUCAUGUAAACUGACCAUAGUGUGUGUGUGAGAUUGUUGCACAGGUUAGUGCACUCUCAGAGCUGGGUGCUGCAGGAACGGCAUUCCCCAGUAAAACAUGCCAGGGUAACUAGCAUUUCAUUCUGUUGUAUCAACCCCUGAUAAAGAAGGAAACCAGACAAAAGAAAAUGAAUGAGUAAGAACAAGAUUGCCCAUUUAAGCAACUGUUUUCUCUGCAUGGGUGUCCGGACUGACCCUGUGAGGCAGGGUACGAAGCUCUGACCUUCUGAAGGAACAGAGUAUCACUGCUCCUCUACAUUUAAAUGAGUCAGUUUAGUGGUACAGAAAUCUUGUUAGGACACUUGCCUUCAGAAGAAGGUGUUUUAGCCAUUUCCAACAGGAGGCCUAACAUGCGAAUCCAGCUGUUGCAGUAGGACUCAAGUAUUCAGAAUUUUGCAUGAGGGCAAACAAUGUCCCUCUGCUAAAUUUGCUUAUGUUCAAGUAGGCUGCAUAAAUUCACUGAACUAGCAAGCCAACUGAGCUACAGUCACACUACAGAUGUAAUGGUGGGUGCCCCAGUGAAAACCAGGGUCAGCACCUCCAAAUCCAAAGCCCUAAUUCUUAGCCAGCAAACAGUUGACUGCCUUCUUCAGAUUGGCGUGAUAUGCUUCCCAAAAUGUAGGUGUCUUGUUCAUAAGUGAACACCUUCAAGAGAUUCCUCAACUCCUCAUGGGAUCAGUUGGUGGAUCAUAACGACAGAAGCAGUAAUGCAGUUUUCAUACACUGUGGUGAAGUGUCUUCACAUGUGGUCAUGAGGGUUGAGUAUUGACUGAAACAAAACAUUGUCUAUUUUAAAAGGUUGUCUGGGCUGACCCUCUGUGACGGCACCAGCUUCGGGCAUCUGGAAGAAACUCAAAACUAAAGCCUUUGCUCCUCUGCAUUGAAAGAGUAGGCUGAGGAGGUUCCUUGACAGCAACAAGUGGAGAUGUUCACUACACUGACACGACCGAAAGCUGAAAGAGUGUUUGAGCAGACCCUGCGAGACGAAGCUCAGACAUCCAGAAAGGAAUCAGGGCAGAGUCACUGCUCCUCGACGAUGACAGGAGCCAUUUGAGGUGGUUUAAAGAUCUGGAUAGGAUGCUUCCUAGAUGUCUACCAAUGGAUGUGUUCUCAACAUGUCCAGUUUGAAAUAGACCCCAGUCUCAGAACUUGCUGGGGGGAUUAUAUCUCCCAGCUGGUCUAGAAAUUAUUUGGUGUCCCCCAGGAGAAGCUGGAGGAAGUUUGCCUGGGAAGUUUAGAUGUUUGAUUGGUCUUAAGUAGUCUCCUGCCCCUACAACCUUGUUCUGGAUAAUUGGAAAAUGAAUGAGUGACAGGAUUUUCAACAACGUACAAAUAGCCUGAAACUUACAUUGAAAAGAAAAGUCCCUUCACACUUGCUAAAUGAUUUGACCACUUGAUUUGGACUGACAGUCUGAGUAGGGCUUUAGGUAACAGUUCCUGUGUGAGCAUUCAUUCUUUCAUCCCUACACUGUUGACUGUUUUGAUAGUGAAAUUUGGCUGAAAUAAUGCUAAUGUGCACCUUCAGAGGCUUAAAGUGAAGUUAACCAUCAAGCUUUUCACAUGAAGCAACCAUCUAACUGAUUUUGGAUGAAACAUACGCAUAGUUGAAUAUGUGAAUGUAAAGCUUUGUGUAUAACCGUUUACAAGGUGUUGUAUCUGGACAUCUUUGUGUCUGUGUUCCAUGUUCCAACAGUUUGUGCUGAUCCCAGUCGCACUGUGUUCAUUUGUACUGACUGUUCUUGCUCGUUAGCGGACUCUUGGGGGAAUAAGUACAUAAGAUGAGACUGUACACUGCCUAUCUGUUAGGUUCUUUAAAGUAAAACACUAUUCAUCAUAGCUCCUCAGUACCCAAGACAUGUGGAAAGACACUGCAGUGUCUCUGAAAACAAAAUCACCAAAGACCCAAAGGAAAACUGUUUGUUUGAAUAAAAUAAGGCUUUUUGCUUGGGUGCAGAGAACGGUAGCAUGUGGGAUUGCGUAUAGCAGAAAAACAAGCUUCACGACACAAUUUAAAUGAUGUGGUAAUAUAUAUGUGCACUGGCAUAUUUAUUCACCAUCACUUGAUUUUCAUCUGUGUCAGGGAUUAAACUGUUGAAUUUGUUAUCUGGUAUCAUCGUCACGCUUUAUGUCUGGACACCAAAAUUUACUACUUUUGUAUUCCAGUAAGAACUGUUAGUGUAUUUUAUAAACGGAUGAGGAGAGGAUAAUGAUAUUAUUGGAACUCCCAUCAACAUUGAUAUAAAAUGUCAAUAAAACUCAAAUAUUGAUGCA